UGGGCUUGAUUUAUAAAAAACGAUUUUCUUGUUGGUUAACUAACUGAGCUGAUCACCGUUGAUUAGGUUGAUAGUAAAUGAUCUGGACGGUCCAAAUGUGCCGAGAAUUAAUUUGGUGGAAGGGAGAAGAAGGCGGCAACUUAACGGUCCAUGAAGAGAUUGGCGAGAGGAAACGAAAAAGAGAGCAAAAACACUUCUGGAUCACAACUUUCUUCAUCCUUUUCAAAUUUCUAAAAGUUGCAAAAUUACAAUGAAGGAUUACAUUUUUGUUCCUAUUUUCUUUUUCUUUCUUCUUGUGUUUUUCUUCUUCUUCUCUCUCUUCUUCCUUGUUCAUCGUCACCGUGUCUAUACCAUCUCUCCCUCCUCCAUUCCUAAGUCAAUAACAGGUAAUUUAUUUCCCCUCUUCAACAUUUAAAUCAAUCAUAUCGAUUUUUUUUGUAAAACGUUGAAAUUUGAUCUGAAUAUCAUUGUUUGCUAAUGAUGUUUUCAAGAUGACUGCAUUGUAAAGUUUCAAACUUUACAAAACAAGUAAUGAUAAGAAAACCCCUUUGAUUGCGCUAUUGUGUUAGUCACACCUUCUAUAGACCUUUUUAUAAUACCAAAAUUUUGACUAAAUGAAAAUGUAAAUGAUGAUGAAUUGUUGAUUUUUUUGAGAAUGGAACAUGAAUGAAUUAAUCGUUCAUUACCCUUUUGAUUUUAUCUUGUUCCUUUUUAAAAAAAAAAUAACCAAAAUUAAGAAAGUAAAAAAAGUACAAUGUCAGAGACUUUCUUUAGAUGACAUUUCUCUCACUACCAUAUGUAUAACAACCUACAAUUCUGUUAAGCUUAGCUAAACGUGUUAAAUAAUCACAAAAAUAUAUCUAUUUUUACAAACUCUGACCUGUACGCAACCCAAAAAAAAUACUAAAACCUACCUGUGAUCAACUUACCUCUGUAUAUAUCUUCACCCAUCAUUUCUUUACAAGGUUCUUCAGAGAAGUCUAAGCUUUUUUUUUUAACCAUAACUACGCAUAACCUAGAGUUUUCAUUCCAAGAUUUUUUUUUUUGUUGCAAAACCAAUUACUUUUAUUCGUUAUUCUCAUACUAAUCUCUGUUUUGAUGACUCUUUAAUUUGGAUUUAGGGAAGCAUAUAUAGGCAAUACUUUCCUUCUCGUUUGUCUCUUCACCAAGAUAUCACCUCUUCCUUAUUUUCUUCAUCUAUAAUGUAAUGUAACAUUAUUAUUAUUUCAUCAAAUCAAAGACACCAUAUCAAUCUUGUAGAGGAGGAUGAAGCGUGGAAAAGGCGACAAAAAGGGAACAAAGAACCGAGAUGUCAGCGGUCAAGUAGUUCCGCUCACUGAACCGGUGGUUGUAGCUCCGCCUAUGGUUGGAACAAGAUCGUGGAUAGGAGGGCUCUUUACACGCUCCAGUAGACGUCAAGACAAGUCAAUCGACUAUACUUUGUCUCCUCUUCAGGAGGAAAGACUUCAAAAGCUGCAAGAUCGUUUGCUUGUACCUUUUGAAGAGACACGCAUUGACCAUCAGGAAUCACUUAAAGCAUUGUGGAAUGCAUCAUUUCCGAACAUUAAUCUCACAGGCUUAGUAACAGAACAAUGGAAAGAUAUGGGAUGGCAAGGUCCCAAUCCAUCUACCGAUUUCAGGGGUUGUGGAUUUAUUGCUCUAGAGAAUUUGCUAUUUUCCGCAAGAACAUAUCCGGUUUGUUUCCGGAGACUAUUACUGAAACAAAAAGGCGACAGGGCAAAGUGGGAGUACCCUUUUGCAGUUGCUGGAAUCAAUAUCUCUUUCAUGCUGAUCCAAAUGCUCGAUUUACAAAACACUCCAAAGCCGAAAUGUCUUCCAGGAAUGAAUUUUCUCAAACUCUUAGAAGAAGACGAGAAUGCAUUCGAUGUACUAUAUUGUAUAGCUUUCGCGAUGAUGGAUGCUCAGUGGCUUGCGAUGCACGCUUCUUACAUGGAAUUCAAUGAAGUAUUACAGGCGACUCGGAAUCAGCUAGAGAGAGAGCUUUCGUUGGACGAUACUCAUCGGAUUCAAGAUCUCCCUGCUUAUAAUCUCUUGUUCCAAUAGAGUUUUCUUUUUUUCUAUUUAGAUUUAUGUGUACAUUAACUGGAUUUAUGAAUGAAAAGAAACGAUAAUCAAUGAACCAAAAAUAAAAUAAAAAGAUUGAAAUUGAAUGAUAAUGAUGCAUAUCCAUCGUUGUUAUGUUCUAACAUUGAUGAUGAUGAUAGUGUGGAAGGAAACUAAGAAGUUAACGUGGAAUCUUUGACUUCUGUACUUCAAAUAAUCAAAACUCUUAUCGUUCGUCUUUUAAGUAGUAAAGAUCUUCACUCUUCUGACCAAGUGACCAGUAUUGUCCGUGUCGACAUUAAUUUGUUUAUGUUGAAAAGUCGGUCUGAUGUAUGACCUAUUGUAUAUUCGCAAAUGAAUAUUAAAAAAUAAGAUAAUGUUCUUUACGUUUGCAUUGGAGUUGGAAUUUUGAUCUUAUCCUCUACAUAUGACAAAACAGAAGGGAUCCCCACUUUAAAACCUAACGUGAAGGAUAAGAUUCCUUACCAGUUUCAACCACAUUCCCACGAUUAGUAUACAAUUCGAAAUGUCUAUUUCUUGGAGGUGGACGUUUUAUUCUUUUUAAAGUAAUUUUGAUAAUAUAGUGUACGUUUUUUUUUUUUUUUUUUUUUUUGAUCAAAAUUAAUAUAAUAUAGUGUACGUAAUGAUUCGUUUACAGUAGUAUGCAAUAAGUUUCUCCAUUUAAAAAAAAAAAAAUUAAAAAAACUGUUAGACAUGAUUACUACUUCAGUAACGGUGCUGAGGCACAAAAAAAGUUUCAAGUGAAGGAUGAUGUUAUAUAAACUUACAAGAAGGCAUUUACUCAGUUUCAACACGCAACAAGUAACAACGAUUACUCUGUUUCAACAAGACAGCAAACUCUCUAUAUACCGACAUACACUUUUCUCAAAAGGUUAGGUAUCUUAAAACGCUAUAUCCUAACCAAAACGCUACAAAAGCCAGAUCGCUCUUUUUAGAAAACGCCAGCGGUUCCAUAAACAAAAGAAAGGAUGGGGACUUUUACGAUGA